AUGGGUGGAAAACCUUCAGAGUCGACCUUCGAGCUAGGCUUCAAUAAUGAAAUAGCCAACAUUCCAUCUUCCUCCGAAGCCGAGAAUGCUGUAAUGGAUGAUAAAGAAAAUCGAGCUAGCACGUUUUGGGAAGUCGAGUGUCAAUGCUGCGGAGAUGAUUUCUUCAAGCAUAACUUUAGAUUGAAACGACGGGCUUUCCAGAAAUUGUGUAGCUUUCUGGAUCACAUUAAAAAGAAAGAAACCAACUUCCAGAAUUCUAUAUGCUUGGAGAAACGGGUGGCUAUUGCACUUUAUGCACUUGGGUCAUCAGCGGAGUAUCGCAGUAUUGCGAACUUAUUUGGAGUGGGAAAAUCGACAGUAUGCACAAUUCUUUCGGAAUUUUGUAAGGAAGUAUGGAAAGUAUUGCACCCAGGGUAUUUCAACUACUUUCCGCUAAGUAGAAAGACCAUUGAAGAGUGUGUUGAUGGUUUUAAAAGCAUUGGAUUCCCUCAAUGUUUGGGAACGCUUGAUGGUUGCCACAUAGAAAUUCGACCUAGAACGGAAGAAGCAGUAGAUUAUAUCAACUAUAAAGGAUGGUAUUCGACAGUUUUACAAGCUCUUGUUGCAUAUAUUUUUUCUCCCGGACGAUGCAAUGAUUCCCAAAUCUUUGAAAAGUCCAGCUUAAAGAGAGAGCUAGAGAAAUGUUCGCUUCUGUACUCAAUGAGCACAAAAUUAGGAAACUUUGAUAUACCAGUUGUCAUUCUUGGAGACUCCGCUUUUCGUUUUUCCAAAUAUCUAAUGAAACCUUUUCCAUUCAGUUUGGAUAAAACACCAGCGCAAAAAACUUUCAAUUAUCAACUUUCGAAAUCACGUAGAGUCGUUGAAAAUGCUUUUGGACAAUUGAAAGCAAGGUUUCGUCGAAUUGGAAAAGGCAUUGAUAACAGAAUUGAUAAUGCGAAUUCCAUUAUAAAAACUUGUUGUGCCUUGCACAACUUUCUGAUAGCGGAAAAUGACCAAGUUUCACUUUCUUGGCUAACUGAGCAGAACGCUAACGACAGCAGUAGAAGGCAACCACAAUCCGCGGAUUUGCACCAAAGCCUAAUACCAUGUCCCCACCAGAGCUUAACCACAAAGUUAUGGCUGUUGAGUUGGUUAUCCCGAUAA